GGGCGACCAGUCCCUGACGACGGCAGCCGGUAACGUAAACUCGCGCCGGCCGCCAGUGCUUCCCGGGACAGCGUGGAGGGUGCCCGCGCAGGCAGUGGUCACGUGCCUAAGAGUGAGGUGGUGUGUGAAGUAAAGCAGUGCGUUUUAACUUUCAGCAGUGUCAUGGUCUCUGUCUGAGUCCAGCGAGGCGCUCCCUUCCUCCGGAGUUCGGCGGUUUCGUAUCUGACCGGCGACCGGUCACUAAAGCUUCAGUGGUCUACCUCAGCGGCCAUGGAGCAUGACGAGAGACGCAGCGUCUCCUGGGGUCGGAACUCGCACGACGGCGAGGAGAGGACGACCUCCUCUCCUCUAUCUUCGGGCCGACUUAGCCACACAGAUGACCCUCUGGGUGCGGACGUGUCCGGUCUACCGCUGAGGGUGCUCGACCUGGAGCGGCUCGUCCGAGAACAGGACGCCGAGAUCGCCGUGCUGAAGAGCACGGUGACUGAUCUGCAGCGACGACUGGGACAGGUGGAGGGUCUGAGAGCGGUCGGUAAAACGUCCCCGGCACUGUCCAGCCUGCGCGCCCCGGCCCAGCGGUUCGUCAACGGAAAACACAGCGGCAUCGCCAGACUGGAGGCGCCCAAAAAGAAACUCAGCGUCCCAGACAGCCACCGGUUCCGGCACCACGAGUCGACGGGCUCGCUGCACUCGGACGGCCACAGCAGCAACAGUGUCUCCCCGGCCACCUCGCCGAGCCCGACGGCCGCCGCCGCGCGACAGCAGCGCCACCUGCCAAACAAAACUGCCAGUCUCACCAAGAGAUGGAGCUCGGCGACAGAGUUCCAGCACCAGCAGCAGCGGCACUCGCCGGCCGUCAGCCAUACUCCACAGCAAGUCAAAAUGCGCCGUCACUCGCACGCGGCUCGCCCGAGACGACCAGAGUCGUACGCCGGAGGAACCCUGGUGGAGGAGCCCAGAGACAUCUGGCGACUGAACUCGGAACCACAGACGACGCCUCGCACCCGACGAUCGUCGGCAGGCGCUAUGACGCACCAUCACAACUCGGCUGGAAAGGGCCGGCUCAGCCACCGUCCAGGCACGAGGGAUAUGUCGUACAACGCCGAGGACGGCGUGCUGAAGAUCUUCCUGAAGGGUCGCCCGGUGAACCUGUACGCGCCCUCCGACGUCAUGGAGGAGUACGAUCUCAACGCGGUGCUGCCGGCGCCGGAGAGACAGCUGGCUCUCCAGUGGGCUUACGGUUACCGCGGUAAGGACUGCCGCAAUAACCUGUACCUGCUGCCCACCGGUGAGAUGAUAUACUUCGUGGCCGGAGUGGUGGUGCUUCAUAACGUGGACGACCAGAUGCAGCGCCACUACACCGGGCACACAGAUGACGUCAAGUGCCUGGCGAUCCACCCCAACCGGACGACCAUCGCCACGGGCCAGUGUGCCGGGACCAAGUCCAACGCUCAGCCUCAGGUGCACGUGUGGGACUCGGCCAGUCUGAACACGCUGCACGUGCUGGGCGAGGGGGAGCUGGACCGCGGCGUCUCGUGCCUGGCCUUCAGUCUGACGGACGGCGGCGCUCAGCUGGCCAUUGUGGACGAGGGACAGGACCGCACUCUCUCCGUCUGGGACUGGCAGGAGGAGAGCAAAGUCACAGAGAACAAGGCGGCCAAUGAGACGGUGGUGGACGUUCAGUGGCACCCGCUGGACAAGGGCGUGCUGAUGACCUGCGGACGGCAGCACGUCAACUUCUGGCUGCUGGAGGCCGGCUCCCUGCAGCGCCGGCAGGGCGUGUUCGGAGGCCGCGACCGGCCCAAAUACGUCACCUGCAUGGACUUUACCGACUCCGGGGACCUCAUCACGGGCGACUCGGAUGGACGGAUUCUGUUCUGGGAGCGAGGGGGCACCACGGUGACAAACACGGUGGCCGACGCCCACGAGGGCACCGUGUUCACUCUGUUCGUCGACAAGACGGGCAACGUCGUCUCCGGCGGCAAGGACGGCAAGAUCAUCGAGUGGGACCGCGAGAUGACCCAGACCGGGAACGUGGUCGAGCUACCUGCCGAGUACGGCGCUCCCCGUAUGGUGUCUCCGGGCCGCGGCGGCCAGCUGCUGGUCGGUACCACUGGUAACUGCGUGCUGACGGCCGAGUGGGGAGCCGACCCGGAGCCCAUCGUCCGCGGUCACACAGAUGAGGUGUGGGCGGCGGCCGCCCACCCGGGACGCCCCCAGUUCGCCACCGGCGGCUGGGACGGCAGACUGUUCAUGUGGGACCUGGUCACUCACGCACCCGUCUGGACCAUGGACUUUGAGGAGGGCGUGCAGAGCGCCUCGUUCUCCCCGGACGGCUCCCAGCUCGCCGUCGGCCUCGUCUCCGGACGCUGGGACGUGCUGGACGCGGACUCUCACGAGACGGUGUUCUCGCGGACGGACGGCGAUGAGCCCAUCCAGACGCUGCGCUUCUCACCGGACGGAAACAUGCUGGCACUGGGCUCGAGGAACAACACGGUCUACAUCUACGAGGCUGGGGACGGAGGAUUCAACCGCGUCGCCAAGUGCACGGGCCACUCGAGCUUCAUCACGCACCUGGACUGGUCGGCUGACUCGACCCUGCUGCGCACCAACUCUGGCGACUACGAGCUGCUGUACUGGACGGCCGCCACCGGCCGGCAGGUCACCCAGGCCUCCGAGCUACGCGACACCGAGUGGGCCAGCCACACCUGCACGCUGGCCUUCAACUCUGUCGGUAUUUACCCGGAGGACGCGGACGGCACAGACGUCAACACGUGCUGCCGCUCCAACGACGGCUCCCUGAUGGCAGCGGGAGACGACUGGGGACGCGUCAAACUGUUCCCCUACCCCGCCAACCAGGCCAAGACCACGAACCACUCGUACCAGGGUCACAGCAGUCACGUGACCCAUGUGGAGUUUUUCGCCGAGGACGAUCGGCUGCUGUCCACGGGCGGCCGCGACAUGGCUGUCCUCCAGUGGGCCGUCGAGUAAACGCUAGUUCGCCCAUCCGCCGCCGCAGCGCUGACGGCGCGUCACUCGCUGUACCGGUCAUUCCUUUGCGAUAUGUGUUUUUGAUGUGGCAGAAAUGGUACAGGUUAUACAGCCUAUGCGAGUCUCUUCUGAAACGCUAUACAGAUUUUUGUCCUCGCUAUUGUCAAUCAGCUUAGAGAGCAAUGUGACAUCAAAUGUUUCCUGUUAGGUAAUGCACGCUGUCACAAACACUUAUUAUUUCAGGUUUCAGGCCGUUGGUGUCGCCCAAUGCUAGUAACAACAGCACAUCAAUGUUGCUCUGCCUGUAACUCUGUAUCGUCUUAACGAAAUUAUUUCUGGCAUGUCAAUCUUACUGCGGUGUUUUAAACCUAAUCAAUCUGUGCAUCACGUAGAGGCGGUCAAUUAUUGAUGCCGCACUUUAAUAUUUUCUUGUAUUUAUUGUUCGUGGCUAUCACUAGCUAAGUGCUUACGACCUUACUUACUAGUAUACGAGCAUGUUCAACAAUAAUACGAGGCGCGGAUUAUACACAGAAGUCGAAGAGGAGAGCGAUGUUAUGAUAUCUGAGAGUAAAUGUCACGCGCACAUUUCCGUGACGUUUAAUGACGCGUAGAAAAGAGGCAGUAACUCCUGUAGAUGAGCUAUGCCACGAACGAUACCUUGUGAUGUCUUUUCAUGUUUGUCAGCCGCAUGUCUUGCUCGGAGUUUAUUUUGUAAUAAAGGCUUACGCUAAUAA